ACUUGUGCAAUUCCCAUUGAAACAUCAAAAUCCCUUAGUUAGUCGAAGCCUUGAGAACAUUUUCACGAAAAGUUGGAGGGCUUCACCUGCCACACACGAUGCGGGCCUCAUAACUGGUGGAAAACACAUAACGCAACGGCUACUAAUUUCGACCGUUGUGUGGUCUCCGAUUCAACCGUUCAAGAUCCCCCCUCUGUUUCUCAACGCAUCUCUCAAAAAAAUUUCAAAAGACGGCAAAGAGGCACUUCCUCUUCCCCAACUUCUGAAACUAAAGCAAUAGAAGAAAGAGAGGAAGGAGAGCAAUGGCGUACAUUUACAAGCCUGUGUAUUACUCUUCUUUCCAAGACACACUCACCUCCCUCUGCAAGUCCAUCCUCCCUUUCUCCUUCAAGAGUCGCCUCCUCCAAGCAGAUCAGAAGCAGGCCAAGCGCCAUGCUGAAAACCUCAAGUGGCAGCAAGACUCUUUCCACCGCAUUCUUCACCUCAUCGGCCUACACAACGAAGGCAUCGUUCCUGAGGCUGAAGUCUCUGCCUUCAGAUCCCACCUCCUUGAAACCCUAAUCGCUUCCCCAACCGAACUGGAGCUCCCCACCAUUAUCCGAGACAAGCUCUUGUUCUUAAGGGAACUUUUGCUUGCAAAUUGUAUUUCUUCGGACGAGUAUCAUUUCUCAAAGAGGCCUCUUUUGCAAAGGCUUGCAGCUCAAGGGACUGAGAUUGACUCCCGGGAUGUGGUUGUCGGAUCUCCACCAUUGUUGAAGAACUCAGAGGAAGAGUGGUCCGAUAUUGAUCUCAAUGAUCAAGAGCCCCCAAAAACUAUUGAGAAGGCUAAAGAGAAAACCCAUUUGAAAUUACCAUGGAGAGCGAAAGUGAAGAAAGAUGAAACAAAUACAAAAAAGACAGUAGGAAUAGUUAUGCAACAAAGCUUGCCGCUAAUUGCAACUACCAAGUAUGAAACUAACAAAAGAAAGCCGUUUCAUGCUUUGUUUCAAAAAGAGAAGCAAGAUGAUGAUAGUGAAAGUAAGAAUCUGGCUCGUGAUUGUGAGGAGAGAGGUGCGAAGUACUCAAAAAAGCAAUGGGGUUUUGAAGGCUUGAAGAAAUGGAAGAGAAGCAGCUGCGAGGAUGAUUCAAUGAAAUCAUAUCUAUUUCCAGGGGAGAGAUCUGAUGAUGCUUCCCUCUCUAACCAGUGCAAGCUUGUCUCCAGCCCCAUCGGUGAAGGACCAGACACGAAGAGGAUCAAGAAAAAGAUUCAUUCCGAUGGCUCUUCCUCUGAUUUCUUCAUAGACAAGGUUUUGGGGGAGAAUAUCAAAAAGGAGCUCUCUCGAAUCCAGUCAGAACUGUCUGCGACAAAUCAAAAUUUGAAUUUCUCUGAUGACCAAAUGGAGGCAAUUUCGAUGAAGCUCCCCGUUGAUAAGGCUGAUCUGAACAAAUUCUUCCCAAAGUCAUGGUGCAGUACAUAUGGAGACAUUGUGCUUGAUGUUGUGAAGAAAGAGUUCAAAGACCAUGUUGGAGAGAUGGAAAAUCUUCGAAAUGCUUCCAAGCCAAAACCAGAUAGCUUCAAGGAAAACUGGGUAACUUUCAAUACUGAAUACGAGAACUUUCACCCCAACCUUUUCUCUCCGGUUCAGUUAACAUCGAAUCAACAAAGAGUAAAGGAUAAUCCUUUCAUUGAAGGCCAUGAGGAUGUCGAUGCUUGUAAUGUGAGCAAAAAUCCUUUCAUCCAAGUUCAGAAUCCUUUCUGGCCUCCCAAGUGGGACAACUGAGUAAUUGUGUUUCACUAGAGAUCUCAGUCUGGGGAAAUUUCAGUUGGCGUUGAUUUGAGCUCGAGUUUAUCAAAUGAAUUUGCGAGAGUGUUGUCUGAUAGUUCCAGUUCAGGACUAAUGUUGCCAAAUUUAGUGAAUUUAAUGGAUUGUUCAUUGUGGAUCGUUUGUUUCUCA